AUGGAUGAAACAAAUCGUUUUGUUGGAUAUACGACGAGAUGGAGGCCAGAGUCCGCCCGUUUACCGGUCGGCCGUUUAUUAGCACUUCUCCGUAUUGAUGUGAACACGAGUUCGGGUUCAGUGAGGGGUCAGACACUCCAUGUCUUGAAUCGCAAAAUACAUCAAUUCUUGAAUAUACCCUACGCUGAGCCCCCUUUAGGCCCACUCAGGUUUGCCCCUCCCCUACCACUCAAGGAGCCCAAACAGGAUAUUAUCGAUGGCACAAAACCCGGCAAUUAUUGCAUUCAAGACAUAAUAAUGUUUAUUGAUGAUGGAUCUAAUCCUACGUCAAGUGAGGAUUGUCUAGUAUUGAAUAUAUGGACACCAAAUGUGGACAAUAAUAAUGAUAAUCACCAGAAAGUCGGUCUAAAACCAGUCAUGUUCUCCAUAUAUGGCGGAGCUCUGAGUAUUGGAUCAAUAUUUCAAGAGUUUUACAACUCUUCAGUGUUGGCCACCAAUGAUGUGGUUGUGGUUGCGGUUAACUAUAGGGUCGGGCCGUUGGGGUUCCUCUACGGCGGCGAUCACACAGCGCCCGGAAAUGCGGGCUUUUAUGAUCAGUUAUUAGGACUCAAAUGGGUUAGAGAAAAUAUACAUAAGUUUGGCGGAGAUAAGGAUCAGAUUACUAUAUUUGGUGCGAGUGCUGGCAGUUGGUCCGUAUCGGCACACAUAUUGUCUCCCCUAUCGAAAGGUCUGUUUAAGAGGGCUAUUAUGCAGAGCGGGUCCGUUAUGUAUAACAAAGAUCGUCCGGCGCUCAGCACUGUUGAGGGCCUCCAAAGGGCCAAACAAUUGGCCCGACGUUUGAAU